AUAUAUUGUUUUGGGCAUUAGUACGACUGCGCAGUUCGACAGUUCUUGCCGGUUUCCGAUAGAUUGAGAAGGAUUUGAGAAAACUUGAACUUGUGCUUAGUUUAGCUAUAAGCUAUUAGGCACAAAUGAGGAUGAAGAAAUUUGGUUUUAGUAUCAAAAAGGAAAAAAAUCCUACCCAAAACCAUGAAUUAAAGUCGCAAUUACCAGGUAUUAAGGAAUAUCUUAUAUUAAACUGUCAUCAUUUAUAAAAAUCAGGUGUUAAUUAUCAACGUUAAUAUAGAAUAAGCAUUUUUUGGAAAGCAUGAACUACACUUGCAGGAAGUAUUUCCCAGAAAAUCCCUUGAUAUAAAACUACCUAUAUAGCUAUAUAUCAUUAUAUGUAUAUGUGAUGUUUUGAGCUCUGUUAAUAAUAGACAGCUUCUAGACUCUGGCGCGAUUCUAUUUAAUAAACGUCAACAUUAUUUAGUACAUAAUGUAUAAUUUCAUUUAUUUUUCAGUUUUACCUAGUGUAAUGGUUCCGACACCUACUCUUGGAAAUUCGGUUUCUACCUCACUAAGGAGUCCUCCUCCAGGUUACGUUUCCGAAGAUGGCGAAAGUGAAAAUAUUUCACAAGCUAAUGGAGAAGAAGAUGAAGAUAAAAUGGAUAUGUCUCCCCCCUCCCCUAAUCCAACUCUUGAUCUUCAGCCAGUUGCCUAUCAAGAACCAGAGCAUUGGUGUACGGUCUCCUAUUACGAAUUAGGAUCCAGAGUUGGAGAACCCUUCCACGCAAGCCAGUCGAAAUUAUCAAUUGAUGGCUUUACUGAUCCGUCAAAUUCUGGAAGGUUCUGCUUGGGAUUACUCUCAAAUGUGAAUAGAAGUCAGCAGGUAGAAAAUACCAGACGUCAUAUAGGAAGAGGAGUAUGCCUGCAGUAUACUAACGGUGAAGUCAUUGCUGAUUGUUUAAGCGAUCAAGCUAUUUUUGUUCAAUCACCGAAUUGUAAUCGAAGAUACGGUUGGCAUCCAGCAACUGUCUGCAAGAUACCGCCAGGCUGCAACUUGAAUAUUUUUAAUAAUGCUGAAUUCGCCGCUCUAUUAGAGACGAGCGUUCAAAGCGGUUUCGAAGCUGUUUACCAAUUGACAAGAAUGUGUACAAUCAGACUGAGUUUUGUGAAAGGCUGGGGUGCAGAGUAUAGACGGCAGACAGUUAUGUCCACACCAUGUUGGGUAGAGAUUCAUUUGAAUGGACCUUUGCAGUGGUUAGAUAGAGUUCUAAUUCAAAUGGGUUCUCCUCACUUGCCUUGUUCAUCCAUGUCAUAGGCAUGGAAACAAGCAUCCAUUUAUUUUUUGCAAGAGCGUUUUUUCUCAGUGUUCAGUUGCCUGUAAAGUCUUUUUGCUUUUGUACUCGAAUUUUUUUCCUUGGAUAUAUUAGUCGUUUAAUCAGACCUUUCGAUUUUUCGAUCUGAUUUAAGAGCAUAACAUAUUCAGGAGAAUAGUAAUUAUAAUAUUUUAAUAAUUACUUUUCAUUUUUACGUAACGCAUUUAACACGCAAAAAAUGUUAACUUAUUUCAUUAUAAAGAGUUUACGGAAGGAAAAACGUACAUGUAUUUUAGCCAGCUGAGUCGCUACAUUUUCUUUUGUACAAUUGCUUUCUGUUGCUUAAGAAGCCUCUUUAGAGGUCUAUAACUUUGAAUGCACUAAAUUUGUUAAUAAUGAAUCUUAUAACAAGUAGCUUGUUUUUAAUAUGUGCGCAAAAUAAAUUUUUUGUAAUUAUAAUAUAGGAUAUUGUAUAAGAGAGAAAAAGUAAUUCUGUGGAGAGUGUAAUCACAAGGUUUACUGCCAGCUUUGCUCUUGUUUCUUUCAUCGCGCUUUCAUGGAGAGCUCAAACUCUGCAAUUGGUUAUUAGACUUGAAAAAGUUUCGUGGAGAAAGAAAAUUACAGAAUGCAUAUGAAUAUAUAAUUGAAGAGUAUGUGUUGCACUGAUUAAAUCGAGUUAAAUUAACUAAUCAACGAUAUAUAUUCAAUUAAAAAUUUGAGCAAAGAAAUCCAGCUGAUAUUAAUCUCAAGAAAACCGUAAAUUCUUUAUCCUAUCAGGCAGAAAGACGAACGCGAGGUAGACCCGGUAGUGUAGUGCCAUUUGAGUUAGCCUAAUUUGGAAUAAAUGAAUACUUGAAAAGUGCCAUAUGGAUGAAUGAGAAGAUAUCAUUUAAACUUUCGAAAUAUGAAAAGCUUUAUUUAUGUAAAUAAAUUUUGAUUUAUUAUUUAUCAAUCUGUCCAUAUGUUAUUAGUUGAAUAAUGUUUUAAGUAUCAAAGUGUUCGUACAGUUUCAUUCUGUCCUUAAUCACAAUUGUAUAUCGUUCAUGCUUAUAGUAAUAGUUAUGAUUUGAGUGUUUGUGUUUUUUGUGUGAGAAAAAGAUAAAAUAUGCUCGAUUAGAGUAACCUCAAUGUCAUAAUACAAAAGGUUUUCUAGUAAAUUACUGCUGUUAGUGCACGUAAAAGAAAUUUAUCUAAUCUAUCGACUUCCGACAAAGAUAUGUAAAAAUUGUUUGUUCCCUGUAAAAGAAACCAUUGAACCUAUAAUUGAAACUGAAAAUGAUCUGUUAACCAUUUCGAUAAAUUGAAUGUAUUAUUUAAUAUCUACCAAGUACAGUAUCUUGCAUCUCUAAAUUUAUCAGCUUAAUCUAUAUUUGCCUAGUUUUUUAUAUGUUUGUCUUAAAAACUGUACUCUCUUAUUUUUUGUCAGUUUUUUUUCUGCAAAGUAAACAUCUUUCAAAAACUGGCUGUGUCCAAUUAAUUACAUUUUCCCCUAUAAAAUUAGAUACUAUUUAGAAAAGAAUAACAAAAAAAACAAAGUUAAAAGCAACCUUAUGAUUUUCAAAACACCAAGAAGUACGCCUUGAAUUACAAUAAAUAGUCUUUCUUUUGUACUAAUAAACAUACAAGUUAUUAUUCGAUUACUUAUGGAAAGAGGAUUAACAAAAAAAGGAUCAUUAAUAAACAUUAAAGCGUUUUACAAGAGAGAUUAGUAUCAUCUUUUUCUUUCAUAAAUCCUGUAGGAGAAAUUUAAUUAUAGUAAUCAUUGCCUUGCACUGACUACACAUUUCAAGGUGUAUAAUAUAUAAUAAGCAUCGAAAAGUAGAAAUGAUUUACAAGACUUUUACAGUUUCAAUUUAUAAUUUGAUCUUAAAUCUUACAUUAAUAUUAAGGUAAAAAUAUUCUUGAUUCUUCCAGUACAGGAUAACUGCAGUAUUAACCUCAUUAUUAAUAAAAAAC